AUGUCUAAAAAUUUACACGAACGAGCGUUACAAAUUAAACAAUAUAAAGGGUCCGAUAUCAAAUACAUUCCCGCGGUUGAUCUGCACAACCUCAAUUUAAAAUCCGCGAAAAGUCUCGUUAUUAAAACCAUCCAAGAAUAUUAUUCUACCGAAGUGACUUGGAUAAGAUUUAUAACGGGGAGAGGAAAUCAUCUAAACGCAAAGGGGAAACGAGCAAUCCUUUAUAAUAGCUUUCCAACUUGGAUUACAGAUGUUAAAAUCCAUCAUUUAAUCGAAGAUUACGAUCAAGGUGAUGGAUCUUACAAGGUAUACCUUAAAACUUCCAAAAAACUAAAAGAAGAAUCCUCAACAAUUACAAUUUUGGAUGUAAAUGUAAUUCGACAGGAAGUUUUCAAACGGUUAGAAACAUUGGCCGAAACUGGAAACGUCGAUUCUCAAUUACUCAUCGGACAAUUAUAUUUUGAUGGAGUUGGUAUUAACAUAAAGGAAAAACAUGAACAAGCCUUCAAGUGGUUCAUUAAAGCGGCCGAACAAGGUGACGUUGGUGCUCAAUUGAUCGUCGGGAAUUUAUUGCAUGAAGGUAAAGGUGUUGCUAGAAAUUAUAGAGAAGCUUUUAAAUGGUUACUAAAGGCCGCUAAGCAAAAUAACGUUAGCGCACAAAUUAUUGUUGCCAAGAUGUAUUUCAAUGGAGAAGGUAUUAAGAAAAGUGAUAAAGAAGCUUUUAAAUGGAUUAAAAUGGCCGCCGUAACCAAUAAUCCUAACGCCCAAUUUAUCCUUGAACAAAUGUGUGCUAAAGGUGAAGGGGUUAAACAGAAAGAAAUCGAAUUCAGAGAAAUUGCCUUGAAGAAGCAGUGGCAUACUUUAAUUCAUUUCUCUAUUGAUAACUUAUGUUUUAAUCCAACAAUCUUUCCCAUCUUCAAAAAUUUACAAAAACUUGAAAUAACCGAAAAAAAACAUGUAUGCCUCAAUAAAGGUUAUUAUAGAAAUUUAUCAAAAUCAAAGUAUUCAAAUCUUCAAAUUUUAAUAACGAAGAAUAUCACACAUAACAUAGUUGAAAAGAUCAUUGAAAAGACUAAUGGAUACCUUUGGAAAAUUGAUAUCACUAACGAUAUGCAUGAGAAGAUUGAUCACGAAAAUUUUAUAAAGAUAAUUUAUCAACAUUGUCCAAAUAUCAAAUUGAUUAAUAUUUUAAUUCAUGAAAAUAAAAAUUUAUUAGAAUUGGAGCAAUUGCUUUUAAAUUGUCAAUACUUGGAAGGAAUUGUCAUUGAAUCCCCACCAAUUUAUAGAAGCCUAGAUGAAAGAAUUAAUGGGAAUGAAUUAUUAGAAAUCAUAACAAGGUCAGCUCCAAUUGGCCUUCAUAAGAUCAAGGUAUAUAAAAAUUUGGAAAUUUCUUUGAAUUCUUUAAUAACAUUUUUUGAUAAUUGGAGAGGUAGAAUGCCACUUUACUUCCAUACAAUAAUGAGUUAUUCGAAGCUGAACAAGGAUUACCUUGACAUAAUUGAAAAAUAUGAAAAGGAGGGUAUUUUAAAGGAGUAUAAAGAUUUAAAUAAUUAUCCAAGCCCCGUAGGAUGGUAA